AUGCUCCGCGAGGUGAGAAGCUGGGUAGAAAUCUGCCCGGGGGCUACCCUUUUGUUCCUCUGUUGCUACCUGGGUUACGUUUGUGGGCAGAUCCGCUACCCGGUCCCAGAGGAGUCCCAGGAGGGGACUUUUGUAGGAAAUGUCGCCCAAGAUUUCCUGCUGGAUACAGAGAGUCUGUCAGCUCGAAGGCUGCAGGUCGCUGGAGAGGUGAACCAAAGACACUUCCGUGUGGAUUUGGACAGCGGAGCCCUGCUCAUCAAGAACCCAAUUGAUCGGGAGGCACUGUGUGGGCUCAGUGCCAACUGCAUCGUGCCCCUGGAGUUUGUAACCGAAGGGCCUUUGGAAAUGUACCGAGCGGAGGUAGAAAUCGUGGAUGUGAAUGAUCACGCCCCCCGAUUUCCUCGGCAGCAGCUGGACUUGGAAAUUGGGGAGGCAGCUCCUCCAGGACAGCGUUUCCCCUUGGAAAAGGCUCAGGAUGCAGAUGUGGGGAGCAACUCCAUCAGCAGCUAUAGACUAAGCUCCAAUGAGCACUUUGCCCUGGAUGUAAAGAAGCGCAGCGACGGCAGCCUGGUCCCAGAGCUGCUCCUGGAGAAGCCUCUGGAUCGGGAGAAGCAAUCAGACUACCGCCUGGUGCUGACUGCUGUGGACGGAGGUAACCCUCCCAGAUCCGGCACCGCGGAGCUCCGGGUUUCGGUGCUGGACGUGAAUGACAACGCCCCAGCCUUCCAGCAAUCCAGCUACAGGAUUAGCGUGCUGGAGAGUGCGCCCGCCGGCAUGCUGCUCAUCCAGCUCAACGCCUCGGACCCGGACCUGGGUCCCAGUGGUAAUGUCACCUUUUCUUUCAGUGGCCACACCCCUGACCGCGUGAGAAACCUCUUUAGCCUGCACCCCACUACUGGAAAGCUCACCCUCCAGGGGCCCCUAGACUUUGAGAAUGAGAAUUACUAUGAAUUUGAUGUUCGGGCUCGAGACGGGGGUUCUCCGGCCAUGGAGCAACAUUGCAGCCUUCGAGUGGAUCUCCUGGACGUAAAUGACAACGCCCCCCACAUCACGGUGACCUCAGAGCUUGGGACUCUCCCAGAGAGCGCAGAACCUGGCACUGUGGUGGCACUCAUCAGUGUGCAGGACCCCGACUCAGGGUCCAAUGGAGAUGUGAGCCUCCGUAUUCCAGACCACUUGCCCUUUGCCCUCAAGUCCGCCUUCAGGAACCAGUUCUCCCUGGUGACUGCUGGGCCCUUGGACAGAGAGGCCAAAUCCAGCUAUGACAUCAUGGUCACUGCUUCUGAUGCUGGGAACCCUCCUCUGAGCACCCAAAGGACUAUUUUCCUCAAUAUUUCAGAUGUGAAUGAUAACCCACCUUCUUUCUUCCAGAGGUCACAUGAGGUGUUUGUUCCUGAGAACAAUCGCCCAGGGGACCUGCUUUGCUCCCUCGCAGCCUCUGAUCCAGACUCUGGCUUGAAUUCCCUCAUCUCCUACUCUCUCCUAGAGCCCAGAAAUCGAGACGUGUCGGCUUCUUCCUUCAUCUCUCUGAACCCCCAGACAGGAGCUGUUCAUGCUACUCGAUCCUUUGACUAUGAGCAAACACAGACACUACAGUUUGAGGUGCAGGCCCGGGAUCGGGGCAACCCACCCCUUAGUAGCACCGUGACAGUUCGUCUAUUCGUGCUGGACCUCAAUGACAAUGCGCCCGCCGUGCUCCGCCCUAGGGCCCGGCCUGGUUCCUUAUGUCCCCAAGCACUGCCUCCAUCAGUUGGUGCUGGUCACCUAGUCACAAAGGUGACGGCUGUGGACUUGGAUUCGGGUUACAAUGCUUGGGUUUCAUAUCAGCUCCUGGAGGCCCCAGACCCCAGCCUGUUUGCAGUCUCUCGUUACGCUGGGGAGGUGCGGACAGCUGUUCCCAUUCCAGCUGAUCUCCCACCACAGAAGCUGGUCAUUGUGGUAAAGGAUAGUGGUACCCCACCGCUCUCUACCUCCGUUACUCUCCUAGUGUCCUUGGAGGAAGAUGCUCAUCCGGUUGUCCCUGAUCUUCGAGAAUCUUCAGCUCCAAGGGAAGGAGAAUCCCGCCUGACCCUCUACUUGGCUGUAUCACUCGUGGCAAUUUGCUUUGUCUCCUUUGGCUCAUUCGUGGCACUACUCUCUAAGUGUCUUCGUGGGGCUGCCUGCGGAGUGACCUGCUUUCCUGCUGGCACCUGUGCAUGUCUCACGCGCUCUCGAAGGAGGGAGGGGCUUCCUCCUUCCAAUGGGAUCCUCCGAAUCCAGCUAGGGUCAGAUGAUCCUAUCAAGUUUGUUGAUGUGGGUGGUCACUCUCACGGCUGUACACCCUUGGCUUCUGCACCCACUCGGAGCGAUAGCUUCAUGAUGGUGAAGUCGCCCAGUGCACCUAUGGCAGGGGAGCCUGUUCGCCCAAGCUGCCCACCCUCUGAUCUUCUCUAUGGGCUAGAGGUGAGAUCUUUGCAGGCUCAGUCAAUGCUUGAGGGUUAUGCCGACCCAGGCAUGUGGUUGGGCCGUGUCCCAGAGAGUAUUGGCCUCUCUGUAAGAGCCCGUAGUGAUGUCACCUUUUUUGUGAAUGGUAACUGUGUGGUAGAUGCUGUGCUUUAG